AUGAGCGUCCUCAAAUCCACAGACUAUCUUGACUUUAUCUCUUCCUGGAUGACUGUUGGCCCGCCUGUGCGUCGGAAACUCUUGGUGGUGGGUGACAGGGCGGCAACUGUUUGGAUCUGGUUGGUGGAUGACAACGGCGACGACAGGGAACGGCCAGCACCAGAGGGUAUGUCCAAACCUGUCUGUGCUCGUUGGGUACAAGUCACAAAGACGUGUGCGCAUUUUGCAAAUAUGCAGGAAUAG